UUUAUUAGGACGUGUUUUGUGCAUUUGAUGAAGAAAGUAUCUAUACCUAUAUAUUUUAUCGUGAGACAGUUCAAGGUAAUCUGAAUAAAUAUCACAAAUUAAGUACGGGAUUUUACGGGAUUAAUAUAACUUUAACUGAGUUUAAUAUGUUCGGUGUAUGAACUAUGGUAGUAUACAAUGUGAAAACCUCAAGGCUCAGCAUUGACAUUUAAUUGGAUUUCAUUAUUAUUCAACCAGUGCCUUAUAAUGUGCCUACCCCAUGUGCAUAAUUAAUUCAUGCUAGGUGGCUCUUACUCAUUAUCUACAAUACAGUACUGACCAUUGAAUGCUGCUAUCCACUAGUGAGCUCUCUAAAUACCUGGAGCAAGAACUUGAACUUCAAUCAUUCGGCCUAUAAGAAAAAUGGAGCCAAGAUGGCGACCGUUGACGCCCAAUAGCUAUUAAGGUUGUAAGCAGUUUAAAUAUCAUUUCCCCCCAUCUAAUUCCAGAUUUUUCUAACGGACCGUGUUGCUAUUCAAGUUAUUAGUUCAUAAAACCAUAAUUUAAAUCGAAGUCCCAAGACGAAAUUUCGGCACACUUCUUGCAGACCGCGCAAACAAAAACAAUAGAAAGGAACUGGAACUGACGUCCAAUAGCUCCAUCUUUGGCUUCACGUUUGACUCGAGUUCACGCUCCAUAUAUAUAUAUGGAGCUCACUAGCUGCUACUUACUCUUCUGACCAAGGGUCGUCGCUAAAACAUCAAGAAGUGUUUUUUAUUUGAUGAGCAAUAUUAUCAAAGGUUGUAUCUACACUAAUAUAUGUACAUAUCCAGCAAUCGAUUCAUGUGAAUUAUUUUCCCAGGAUCUCGAUGUACAAUGACAGGAACUACAAAGCUUCCAUUUGCUCACUUUCCUCUUAUCCUUCACAACGGGGAACUCACUUGUCAGACUCAAAGUGGAAAGGUAUUAAAUAGCAAUCUUGUAUGUGAUUCUUAUUGCCAGUUAUUCUUGGACAGAUCCCUUUAAUUUAUUUUGUUUAUUACGCCAGGUGGUAAUGUUUUCAUCCACGUUUGUACGUGUGUUGUGUGCGUGUAUUGCAUGUGUGUGUGUUGUGUGUUCUGUGUGCGUGUUGUGUGUGCGUGUUGUGUGCGUGUUGUGUGUGUGUUGUAUGCGUGUUGUAUGCGUGUUGUGUGCGUGUUGUACGUGUGUUAUGUGUGUGUGCGUCAGUAAGAUAACUUUUAAAAAUCUAACGUAUUAAUACGAAAAUUUGUGGGAGGGUAUUGCCCAAGGACAAAUUGUUUAAAUUGAGUAAAAAGCUUGUCUUGCUUUUCCGGACAGAGUAAACUGAUUGCGUAAUUAGCCCAUUGUAUAAUUUAUGCAUGGUAGAUAUACUGAUUGCGUAAUUAGCCCAUUGUAUAAUUUAUGCAUGAUAGAUAUAACCUAAUUUGCUGACGGAGGUAUGCAAUCUCCGAGUAUCCUCUAGUUGAUUUAGGUUUUGCUUUGUUGUUCACUGAUAUAUCGGACAAUGUGCGUUAACGAGUUAAACACAUGGGGUUAAACAGCACUCUUGGAUGAUGGAGGGAAGCGUUAAUAAUUUACUUGUGUGAUGUUACUCUGAGUGUACAUCCACACCGGGCAGGCUUGAAAAAUAUGCCUGGCCACGGUGGGAUUCGAACCUACGACCUUUGGAAUACUAGCCCAAUGCUCUGCCAACUGAGCUAUGCGGUCAGGUCGGUUCGAGUAUGCGAUAUUUCGGAACUGAGUCUAGUUCCUUCGAUAUCAGUGUAAUCUAAUAAUCAUGAAAUUUUCAAGCCUGCCCGGUGUGGAUGUACACUCAGAGUAACAUCACACAAGCAUCUUAUUCACCUGAGUACAUUACAUCAACACAGCAAAUUUCGCGUUAAUAAUUGUUAAUAAUUUCCGUCAGUAAUAUCAUCUGAGGGAUAUUAAACAAUUGAUCAUAACAAAAUUAGUAUUGUAUUUUGUAUUCAAACUUUACAAUUUUUAUUUAUUCAAAGACAACAAACGUACGCUUAACCAGUCACUCAUUCCUUGAGAAACCUCAAGAUGUUGCUGUUUCUGAGGUAAGAAAGAGAAGAUCAUAAUGUCGUUUACGACCACUCUCCUUGCCAGACCCACUCUGAGGAUUUCCUGAGAAGCGCUGAAGGUCUCGAACCGCCUCAUUACCCUCUAGCGCCUUUCCAUUUAUUUAAUGAUAAAAUAUACACUAGACAUGCAUGCAGUCGGUCGUAAAGAAUUGAUAUCCAUCUUCCGUUCUUCAAUUCAUGGUAUAUCGGUCUGGAUACACCACAACAUGUCCUAUGGGUAUGUGAACGUCUGUGUUUAUCGUUUUCUCCAUUUUUGCAGCUUGUGACUUCAUUUAAACAGUGUUUAGCUCUGAAAAGGUAAUGUAUUGCUAUUUUGGUACUUGUUCGCAAUUUACACAGUUAAAACUGCUGUAUUUCAAAUUUAUUACAAAUUGUAAAAAUAAGUACACGACUUUAACGUUGUUCCCGUGUGAAUGUCGAAUUCAAAUUUGAAAUAUCUUUUUGAUUGAUAUCUCACUUUUCUGAAACACUACGGAUUGUCCAAGUUUUCUCAACAUGCCCUCUCAUAAGAGUUAACUGGAGGUUAUCAAGCGUAGCAAGAAUUCUUAUCAACACUAAUCAAAAUUUGAACCACUUCAAAGUUUAUGAGAGUACAGGAGAAUAUAGAUACGAGUGGGUGGUCAAACGAGAGUAUAGCCUUCAUAGCAGUCCCUUACAUUGAUUUUAUGUGACGAUGUCAUCGGACUGCCCGCACGCAGGCUAACGUAAGCGAGCGACUCUCAUCUUCGUUGCCUUAGGGCUUAGAACUAACGUGUGUAGUUGUACAUUGUAAGAAUAUAUGGCGCCGAGUCAUGAAAUGAAAAGGUCUGUAAAUACGUAAGAGAGCGAGUGAUUCCUAAGUUUUACAUAUGUAUAUGUAGGUUCAACGAAGCGUGGGCAAUAUGUAGAGUGGUGGACAAGAAAGACAUCUGGAUGGAACUUGCUAAAAGUGCUUUAGAACACCUGGAAAUUGGACUAGGUGUGGAUUUAUAUAUAUAGUUAUUACACAUGGGAUUGAGUGAUGUAUUCGAGAAACUUUUAUGUUGAAUAUAUGCAUGGUUGUAUAACGUUUUGCUUCACGCAGUAUAAGUUAAGAGAACAUGUAGUUGUAUGAUGGUUCUUGCUGAUGAGAACUAUAGUAUGGGCAAUUCUGCAUUAGAGCAGGAUUACGGCGAUAGAAUGGUAGCUAUAGGAGAGUUUUCAACGUGAAAAGCAAAAGUAAUAUUGUUUAUUUCAUAAAGGUUUACCAAAAGUCAUAUAAUGGGCAAUAUGUAGAGAACAUGUCCUCUCCAAGUUUACUCUUUUCUCCAGCAAACCACUGGAUAGCUCGAUCAGUUUGAAAAUUCACAUAUAAUACACGCUUCCGCCUUGGCUAUAUAGCUUCGUUUUCAUGAUUGAGAUGUUGGUCUCUAACCAUUGAAAUGAAUAUAACUGGAACACUACCUUCAGAUAAACUGUCUAUCUUUUUCUUGAAGCCAAAUUUUACCUUCAGACACGCGUGUCUCAUGGAGAGAUAAGAUCACGCGAUAUCAUGAUUGACUGAUUGAGCGCUCUUCGCAUGCGUGAAAAGACUGGGACUGGCCUUCAAGUUUGGCUUCAAAUUUCCGGUUGGAGGUUAGCAUUCCAGUUAUAUUCAUUUCAAUGUCUCUAACUAAUGUCACAUACUGGAAAUGAGGCCGUAUGGCGUACUUUUUACAUUCUUUAAUGUAAUAUGAUUUUUGGCUUUAUUUAAAGCUAUUAAAGUGUUUCGAAAAAUGGAGGAUGUUGCGAUGGUUCUAUCACUGGACGAAAUCCAGGUAAAUACUUCGUAGAAAUGACUAGUUAUUAUCUCGUAUCUGACAUCUUGUAUAUUGAGGUCAUUUGCUUUCAGGCAUUUACAUCGAUUGCAUUUCUUCCCUAUAUGUAUUUAUUGCUAUGUUACUUUCUUAUUUUAUUGCUAUGUUACUGUCUUUUAUUAUAGGAUGUGGAAGAUAAAAAUCUUCUGUCAGGCUACAUUGCCAUGUUUAUGGAGAAUUACAAUCUAGCCCAGGUAUAUUACCUUUAUAGCAUAUGCAUGCCAAGAUUAUAAUAGUUCACUGACAUGUUACAGUACGUUCCUUUGUGUAAAUGAAAUGCAUGGCUUGCGUGGAUUUAACUGAUUUCUUUUUAUUUUCGCUAGGAGUUAUUUAUGGCUUCAACAAAUCCUUCAGCUGCUUUAGAGGUAUAAAGACGAACCUAAUUCACUAUUUUUAUUUAUUAUUGCAUGUGGAAAAACAAAACAUGUAAGAAAACAAGAGAAAUUGAGGAAUGUGUUCACAUGAUAACAUUACAUAAAAAGUUUCGAAUUCUUGGGUUUCACUACGGCAUUGAGGCAACCUCAAGUAUAGGCAACCUCAAGUAUAUUGAUGCUUAUGCUGUACUGGAGUGAGAAAAUGAUACGAAAUUCCAUGUAUUUGCCAUCAAACACAAGGCGAAUACAUAAAACGAACAAUCGACUCACUCUGAUAACUGUGUUUUGUUUUAGAGUUGACCCCCCGUCACUUUUGUGACGUCAUAUGAAACCCAAGAAUAGGACCAAAUUUCGUGAAGAAGUUUUGUUGAUAGCAAGUCGUGAAAUAAAAACUUGAAUUUCAGAUUGAAAUCCGAAAACACCUUGAAAUAAUUUAAAUUAAUUUUAAAAAGAGAUUUGUAAAAACCCUACUAUAUACAGGGUGUAUCAAAAUAAACGCAAUUCAUCUUUUGUGCUUAAUAACUUUCGAAAUACUAUUUCUAGUUAAACGCUUUUGGGCUUACUUCAAAGCCUGUUCUUUUCUCUUUCAAACAAACUAUUAUCCUUGUCUCCAGUGCUAGUAAUAAUUGCACAGGAAAAGAUUUAGUAAAACCUAUCAUUUUUAGUUGCUGUUUAAUUAUGCAAGUUUACUAUGUUAUUGUUUAGUCGGUUUAAAUGUUAGAAUUUUCUUCUUUAAACUUUAAUGUUGUCGUCACUACAUCUGGAAAACCACGUAAGAACAAAUUAAAAGUAUUUUAAAAGAGACCAGGUUGUUUGAAAAUCCUAAACGAAUGCUAAAAAUCGUCAAAACAUUCUGGUGUCUGAGCCAGAGUGUCAUCGAAUUGCGAUGUAAUGUAAACAGAAAUUAUAGCAAGUUGAUGUCAGUCAGCUUAGAUGGUCCAAGCCAAAAUUAUAUCGCAUUUGAAGUUUCAAACUGAGUUAAAAAUAGUGGAAGAAAAGCCGUAAUUAUACUUAUUGUUACAAUCCAUUUAAUAAAAUGCAACAUUUUUUUGUUUUAAUGAAAAAAUCAGUUAUUUUCAUGAGAAUGAUUUGUUAUUCCAUAUCUCAAUUUUUUUAAUCUCCAAUCGCAAUAACGUAAAGUAUUAUUACGCGCGAACCAAUGAGUCAAAUUUAAGAAACAACCCACUGUUAGAAAGCUGAAUGGCUACGCUUUAAAAUGAAUGUGAACUUUAACGUUUUCGUCUAUUAUUUGUUUAGCAAUUUACAUUUCAGUCGAGGAUUGCGCUUUUUUUGAUACACCCUGUAUACAUAACAAUACGAUGGGCUUUGAGUGGAAUAAAUGCAAUUCUUACUUCCCUAAACUCUUUUUCAAUACCAUGCACAGAAUCACAGGAAAAUUCAGUUCGAAGGACCGUUUGUUACCAUGAAGGCGCAGAAUCAAAAUGCAAUACUUUAUUCAAACAUGUUUAUAUGUAAACAUGCAUGCCUGAUCUAUAUCUAACAAUUGUAGAAUGCCCGUGAAACACGUCGUCCCUAUGCUCUUCGAAACAUUUUUCUAAUAACGCGGGGGAGGGAAUUAAUAAUUUUUCUGGCCUACAAUUAUUUUCAAAUAUUUUUUGUAUGCAAUUUUAGUGAUUACUAGAUUGCAAAAUUAUGAUUGCUAGAUUGCAUUGAUAUCGAAGGAACUAGACUCAGUUCGAAAAUAUCACAUACUCGAACCGACCUGACCGCGUAGCUCAGUUGGCAGAGUAUUGGGCUAGUAUUCCAAAGGUCGUAGGUUCGAUUCCCACCUUGGCCAGGCAUAUUUUUCAAGCUUGCCCGGUGUGGAUAUAUACUCCGAGUAACAUCACAAACAUCAAUUUUAGUUUUGUUUUGCGAUGAAAGUUCUGUUGGUAUUUUUAGUUUUUGAGUGUAUUUCGCUGCCUAGAAAUUUAUUUGACCAGCCAUUUGGCAAGGGGUUCCCAAUCUUUAAAACUGACUGAAAUGUUGCAUGGGCCACACAUUUUCCCGUGAAAUUGUAGGCCGCUAAUCUGUUCCCUACAAAACUGCUUUCUCUCAUGACGAUUUGUCAUUUGUAGGCCGUUAAUUUGUACCGUGUUAACGUGAACUUGCUUUACAGAUGCGUCGGGACCUAUUGAACUGGGAUCAAGCCCUGGAACUGGCCAAGAGUCUUGCUCCUGAUCAAAUACCAUUUAUCUCUCGAGAAUAUGCGCAACAACUGGAAUUCACGUAUGUCUAAUAAUAUAUCUUUCUGUUCUCAUCAACAACAACCACUGCUUUCCGUACUUUUUGUCGUUUCAGCAAAACAUACCGGUUUGUUAUCAAACUUUGUCUAGUUAAUUUUGUGUAAAUUUGUUAAUAUUUGUUGUACAAGAGACGAACUAUCAUAGCACUAAAAUUGUAGUACUGUACAGGGAUCUAGGGAAUCCAUAAGACGCAGGGGAGUUUUAAGAACAAAUGAAGGGUAUACUACUAAUGAUAAUAAUAAUAAUUUUCUGGUUGCUUUGAUUUCUAGUCUCAUUAAUGUAGCUCACCAAACUGUUAUAUUUGGUUGCGUUGUAUGUAUAGCAUUGGUUCAUAGUCUGUCAAGAUAUGAUGGUCUGGAAACUCGGCAAACUUCAAAGCUACAAAAUAGAAGGGCUUUGUUUCAUGUUGAACUGUUCCUCACCAUGCACAAAUCCUUUGUCUUUAUUUCAUUAAAUAUUAUUCAUCGUGGUUGCACGUUUCAUCUCAGCUAUCCCUAUUGGACGAUUACUUUAUUAUACAAAAGUACAAUGAGCUCAAUCACCGCGUGACCGUGCACAAAUUAACAUAAACUCAGACAAAAACAUAAUACAAUGACUUCUGUUUAGUUUCCACAUCAUCAUAUCUUGAUAUAGACUAUGGUUUGUUAUAGAAUAAAACUCAAAUCAGCCGAAAUACUUAUUUUUCAAUUUUAAAGUUAGAACUUACUGUUUUUCAUCUGAUGAAAAAAAGCUCACAAAACAAUUAAUAAACAAUUAAUGUGUGACUGGUCUCUAUGUUCCAGUUAUUUUACAUUCAAUUUUGUGAAAAUGAUAUUUUAUGUCAUAUUGGUUAUUUUAGAGGUGAUUAUGGUAAUGCAUUAUUACAUUACGAAAAAGGAAUAACAAAACUUCCAGAGGUAGGUUUAAUCUGAAUAAAACAACAUAUUUGUUUUCUUUUAAAACGCAUUUGCUCAAUUUAUAUAGUGGUGCAUGUUAGAGCACAGGUUAAGUAUAUGUCUGCUCAGGUUUCAAAAAUAUUCGCUUGUCCUGAGCAGCAAAGCGACCAUAAUAUGGAAAGUGGUCUUUACGAUGUAGGACGCCAACACAACGACGACCGAUAAUACGAAGGCGUUGUAGAUACGACGUUAUACAAAUCUGUGGUUCACCAUUGUAAGCAGAGCGAGGACUAUAUCUAAAACUCCCCUGGGAUUUUAAUUAUUCAUUUCAUUGUCAUAAAGUCUAUUAAUGUGUCAUAAAAACUGCAAAGUCUCAAAUGUUUGUUUUAACGUUAUUGCCAUGCACUGGCAGCCGUCUGAGUUCCUGCCCUGUAUGUAUUCCCCUAAACAUAAGAAAGAAAAGCCUUAUCUGUAACCAAGAUUAUUUAAAAGGCUAACAAAACGGACGUUAAUUAACAGCAGCCAUGUUAUACUGCGGAAUUACAAAUAAUUUUGCAACUUUUUCUCUAGGAACAAGAUCAUGAUGACGCAUGUUUGGGAGGUGUUGCAAGAAUGUCCAUCAGAAUGGGAGAUAUUCGACGGUUAGUGAUAACAAAUAUAAAAAUAUCUAGAAACUAGCAGUGUUGAUUUCUCAUGAAAAAUAUCUAUUUCUUUAGUGGUGUUGGGCUGGCCACAAAUAGCUCGAGUCGUCAAUUAAAAAAAGAAUGCGCCAGCAUUUUAGAGAAUAUUAAGGUAAAUAUGAUAGCUUUUAUUGCCAUUCGAAUUUUCGUUGCUUCUGAACUUAUACACUAGCUGUAUCAAAAUGAGUUCAAAUUAAUGAUAUCUAUAUGCAAGUCCACAAUUUUUCCGUCUUACGCUGCAACUUUUUUCAAAAAAUAAAAACUUGGCAACAUGCAUAGUUGUACCUUGUUGUACCUUCUUUUUAGCAAUAUGGAGAAUCUGCAGUUUUGUAUGAAAAAGCUGAAUACUGGGACAAGGCAGCAGCAGUCUAUAUAAAGACUAAAAACUGGUAAGAUAUCAUAAUUCAUCAAUUUGACGUAAAUUGUCAAAAUUUUUAGAAGAUGUCAAACGUCGGAAAACGUCUUAGCAUGCAGGCGGGGGAUCUCAGUCAGAUUUCGAGUUAAUGCGGUACCCAAACGAAGUUUGCCAUCGCUUUAUAUUCGCUGUUGGUCGGUUAGUUUGUUGGCCUGUUAGUUUGUGUGUUUUUUAGUCCUUGGUAUUUUUCAAAACUAGUAUGUCUUCGCGCUUGUGGUUCAUUUGUUUUGGUAUGCUCUGGACACUACACUGUAGUAUUACGUCUGGUUUAUUUUCAGGAACAAAGUGGGUUCAUUACUCCCUCAUGUUUCAUCUCCGAAACUUCAUAUUCAAUAUGCGAAAGCGAAAGAAGCUGAUGGACGAUAUAAAGAGGCAGCUAAGGCUUACGAAGCUGCAAAGGAUUAUGAUAACGUUAUAAGGUACGUACAGUUUAUGUCAUACUUAAUUUUGGCCAUUGCGUAAUAACUUUCUGUAAUAACAUUUGUACUAACUGGGAGCAGAUUUGUAGAGAAUGCCACUGUAAAUUCUGCAGCGGUCAACCUGUGAAGUACGGGAGCCAGAUGGCAGGAGCUAUAUCCGUAACCUAACUGAUAUACAUACAGAUGCACUGCAUUCGAAUCCUGUCGACGAACGUGGAAACCUGCGUUUCUCCAGCUAUAAAGUUUUGUAACUUCUUUAACUAUGCCUAGCUUUGUAUGUUUUCACUCCAUGUAGGAUUUAUUUGGAUUAUCUGCAAAAUCCCGAGGAAGCUGUGAGGGUGGUAAAAGAAACUCAGUCUGUUGAAGGAGCAAAGAUGGUCGCCAAGUAAGACACCUAUUGCGCAUGCGAAGAUUUUUACGGUCACAAUUCAUUGUAAUUCAUUUCUUAAUUUGAGUUUAAGGUUAAUAUAACACAUGUUUUUAUAUUAUAGAUUUUUUCAAAAUCUUGGAGAUUUUUCCUCUGCUAUUCAGUUUCUUGUAUUAUCAAAAUGUAACGACGAAGCAUUUCAAAUGGCUCAGGUAUUAGUUUGUACAGUUAUUAACACGUGCACCCUCUCAUGUUACAAAUUUAAUAAGAUCGACUUCGAACAUUUCUAUGGUAAUAUCGUGACAAUAAUUUUAAUCUUUGCUUGGGCUAGUCUGCAUGUGGAAUUUCUCUCUCCCCUAGAUCACCCUCUUCAUGACUGUGAAUAAUGAGUAUGACUAUAUGCGUAAUUAUAACUACAUGACUAUUAUGACUAUAUAUGACUACAUGACUAUACGACUACUUGACUAUACGACUACAUGACUGUACGACAAUAUGGCUAUACGACUACAUGACUAUACGACUACAUGACUAUACGACUACAUGGAUAUACGACUACAUGGAUAUACGACUAUACGACUACAUGACUAUACGACUACAUGACUAUACGACUACAUGACUAUACGACUACAUGACUAUACGACAACAUGGCUAUACGACUACAUGACUAUACGACUACAUGACUAUACGACAACAUGGCUAUACGACUACAUGACUAUACGACUACAUGACUAUACGACUACAUGACUAUACGACUACAUGACUAUACGACUACAUGGAUAUACGACUACAUGGAUACACGACUAUACGACUACAUAACUAUACGACUACAUGACUAUACGACUACAUGACUAUACGACUACAUGACUAUACGACUACAUAUGUGACUAUACAACUACAUGAAUAUACGACUACAUGACUAUAUAUGACUGCAUCACUAUAUGACUACAUGACUACACGACUACAUGACUAUAUGUAACUAUAUGACCACAUGACUAUACGACUACAUGACUAUAUAUGACUACAUGACUAUACGACUACCUGACUACACAACUAUACAUGACUAUAUAUGACUCCAUGACUAUAUAUGACUCCAUGACUAUAUAUGACUCCAUGACUAUAUUUGACUCCAUGACUAUAUAUAACUCCAUGACUAUAUAUGACUACACGACUACAUGACUAUACGACUACAUGACUAUACGACUACAUGACUAUACGACUACAUGACUAUACGACUACAUGACUAUACGACUACAUGACUAUACGACUACAUGACUAUACGACUACAUGACUAUUAUGACUACGACUAUUAUGAUUAUUAUGGGUAUAUGACCACAUGACUAUAUAAUUAUUAUGGCUGACUCAGGGCUUUAUCCAAGCACUUUUACUGACCCCCGUUUUAGAAAAGAAGAUUCAGGUUUUGUGACGCACGAAUGUAGCAAAGGGGAAAAGUCCCUGAAAGCUUUUGCUAUUUCAGCCUCUUAGACUUUGUUGCCGCCACGUUGCUCGGAUGUAACUGCGUGGUUUGUGAAUGAUGUAAUCUUAUGUAAAUAUUGCGCAAUACCAAAGAGGGCAUGCAUCGAUGUAGUAGUAUUUGAGCAAAUAUUUUCUGUGGCUUUUUCACUCUUCCAGCUCAAGGUUGUGUAAAUUUUAGAUUUUAGUUCAAACAAUUUACUUUCUAUUUGUAAUAUUUGUUAUUCUUCAAUCAUCCCGUUUCAUUUUGUGCUGAUUUGAUCGAAAUUUUUAUCAGAAAUCCAAACAUGCAUACAAUCUAAGGAUAGUGGGUACAAGACACAAAAUAUACGAUACAGGUAGCUUUAUAAUUAACAUAAACAUGUCGUUUUAUUUUGAAAAGAAACCCAGCUCAAAUAACCCUGUUUCUCGGUAUUCCAAAAACUAAAGCAUGUGAAAAUGAUUUUUUUUUUUUUUUUUUUUUUUUCGUUGGGGGAAAGAUUCAGUUUAAAAAUUCAAUCCAAGAUUGAGUUUUGACCUCCAUUUACCGGAGGUCAGUUGGUGCGUGGAUAAAGCCCUGCUGACUAUAUACUCCAAUGGGAUGUUGGUUCCCCAUUUGGAGGUACCUCAAUUGGGGUGUUUGGGGAUACACCAAUGGGGGUGUUUGGGGUACCCCAAGGGGGUCGUUGGGUACCCCAAUGGUAACGGUAUGUCUUGUAUAUGUGCAAUAUACGGCGACGUCAGACAUAUAUUUUACUUGAGUCUUCAUUAAUGGUCCUCGUAAUGAAAAGCGUGUCGUAUGCAGGCAUAUGAUUGAAUGUCAAUCAGUAAAACAGGGACACAUGUAGUGUAAACUAUUACUAAUUAGUAAGAUCAAUAUUUUUACAUCUAGGCACACAAUCAAAUGGAACAGUAUGCUGAGAUUAUUGGUACGUAAAUAAAUUAAAUAAAUCACAGUGUAAUAAGCUCUUUGCAUAACGUCACAAAUAUGUCAAACCCAUGAUUGAUCGAAUGGCUUGGAGAACAGUUGGAUUUUCAAAACAAUGAAAAGACAACGGAAACUUCUGAUCACUGGAUCGUGACUGGAUGCAUGGUACUAUUGUUGUGCUGCCUGUUUUCCGCCAGUCACAUUGUCGAAAUUUCUUUUUCGCUUCACGCGAACAAAUUAGGCUCGUGGAAAACGGGCUUUACACAAGGCAAUUAUUGCUACAACGUGCAACACCAUUUCUGACAUAGAGCCAUGUUAUCGAAAAAGUAAUCACAGAAAAAUUGUCAUCCGUGCCAUACUCACAAUUUCUCUAAAACUAAUAUUUAGAUGACAUAGCUCUGUAUACGAUACUGCAUUACAACAUGACCUUAAAUUAAGAAUUCAAAUCAACUCAAAUCUUCUAUAUUUGAAUGUGUAGGCGAUGAUUGUACACCUGAUGAUUAUUCCAGUAUGGCGUUACAUUUUGAACAGAAGAAACAGCAUUUUUUAGCUGGAAAGUUCUUUUCCAAAGCUGGGCAAUAUAACAAGGUGAGCCAUGGCGUUAUCAUACUACUAUAUAAAACACAUUUGAAUAUGUCAUAUAUGCAUUGUAUUCUCUUCUCUAAUUCUGUUCUUUAAAUAGGCAUUAAAACAUCUGUUAAAAUGCCCAUCGAGUGAGGAGAGUCAAGCCAUCGAAUUGGCUAUUGAAACGGUAAAUUUCAUGUUGUUUUUGCUACUGGUUGUUAUAGCUUAUAGCUCGUCCGCAUGUAUAUCUAUAAGGGUUACCAGGGUUUAAAGAAACCUAGUGGGAAAAUUGUUCCCCAGAUGUAGUUGCACGUUGAUCAAAUGUACAUUUUUAACAUCUUUCGUUUCCCAAAACCGAGUUUGAUAAGGUACAUUACAAAACUGUAAGAUCUACGACGUAAGCGUCGGUAAAUGCGCGCAAAAGAUUAUAGGACCAGGACGGUAGGAUCUAUGACAGUAAACCCGCGCAAAAGAUUUCUUAGGACCUGGAAGUCACUAAACUAGUUCCUUUCUAUAACGGAACUUUUCUAAAAUGAAAAAAGUUUAAAGACUCGUUCAAAUCUAUUACACACGGUUAGUCCUUUUAGUUUAACACUUGGAUGACGGUAUUUUUGUUCAAAAAGAAAAACGUGCGCGUGCAUAAGUGAUUGCAUAUUCUAAUCUGAACACUCUGACUCGCCUUUUCAUCCAAAUCUGCUUUACCUGGGAUUAUAUUUAGUUCACGAUUUAACUUUCAGGUCGGUCUUGCCAAGGAUGACGCUUUGACUCAUCAACUCAUUGAUUAUCUCAUGGGUGAAGUGGAUGGGAUUCCAAAGGUAAGAUACUCUAAUUAUAAACACGCACUGUUUACAAAAUGCCUAAGGGAUCUGUUCUUUCUGAUGCGCAGAAGUCAUGGAACACGUCCACUUAAAAAGUCAAGUAAACAUAUUUGCGAGUUUUAAUAAUAAACUUCACCUGAAAUGUUAUAUAUAAGUACCAGCCUACCAUACAUGCAAUACGAAAACACAUUAAAUUAUCUAGAAGAAUCCUACAUUAUGGCGUGAAUGUUUUUCCUUAACUCAAACAGUGCUGUUAAAAGUUUGAAACUACUGAUUCCUAACAAUCCGUCAGCGCUUCCGCUAAUACAUAAUUUGCUAUAUACAUAACUUGCUUCAUACAAUCAUGCAAACUAGGACGGUGAAUAUAGAGUGGAAUGUAGGAUGCAUGUUCAUGGUUGUGCAGGGCAAUGCAAGGCAUGAUGUGAAAGACAGCAGUACAUCAAGAGUAAUGCAUAUAUUUUGUUUAGGAUGCCAAAUACGUGUUUCGUAUUUAUAUGGCAUUACAACAAUAUCGUGAAGCUGCAAAAACAGCCAUUAUUAUUGCUCGAGAAGAUCAAUCUGCUGGAAACUACAGAAAUGCUCAUGAUGUCUUGUUUGGAAUGUAUCAAGGUUUGUAUACUGUUCAAUUUUAGUAAGAAUUAAAAAAUUAGGUACAAUGAAAUGUCGACAUUGUUAGUCCCAAAUUUAAUGAAUUCUUUUGUUCCUCGACAUGGCUGCCGUGACGUCAUGUAAAACUAACAAAGUUGUUUUUAUAGUCGGUUGUCGGUUACUACUGCUAUUAGCUAAUGCCUAUUAUGCCAAUCUGGCAGCUACAAAGCUCCCCUCCCGGCCUUUGCGCUCUUCUCGAUGGUAUGCCAUGUAGCUGUGGUUCAUGACUUUCAGCUCCGCCUCAACCUUCCUCCUUCAUGUCUACCUCGCUUCCGAUUCCCGUCUGGUGUCCAGUACAGCGCCACAUUUAAAAUAUAGUUGGUUUUUGGUGCUUUAAGUUCAAGUGAAAUGCUGAUAAAUACAUGUUACAAACCUAUAAUAGUAAUGAAAAUAAAACAUGUUGCUUUACGGUAAUGUGAUUAUUUAUUGUUUAGAACUUCUUCAACAUAAGAUCAAAAUACCAACAGAAAUGAAGCAAAAUUUAAUGAUUCUUCACAGUUAUAUAUUGGUCAAGGUAUGUCGUAUACAUGCAGAUUAAGAUGACUACCUACAGUUAUUGUAAAGUUUAAAUAUUUAUAUAGAUCAGACACACAACGAAAACGAGGGUUACCUAAAAUACUUAAAAUUUUAGAAAAGUGUAGGGAGCCACUUUAAGUGAUGAUGAAUAGAACUUUUAAUAUUUCGAGUGGGAAUCUGGUUUAUUAACAACAAAAGUAUCAUGUAUCUAUAACUACGAUAUGUAUUCAAAUGCAGCUGGCACGUUGUUGAGGUCAUGAAUCUACUGCUCUCAAGCCCUAUGUGAACUUAUUUCGCUGUGGGACGAAACCGCCAGCGUACCUGGAGAAAACGCAUGACCCUCGCCAGCGCAUUGAGACUUUCCCAAUAUUUCUUGAUUGUUGUGAUUAAGUGAGGAUUACAGUUGUCUGUAACCAGCGACAAAGUCUGUGUUUUAAUAACCUGAACUAUUUGCAUCCAGGUUCACGUCAAGCGUGGAGAUCAUUUAAAAGGUGCUCGUAUGUUGAUACGUGUUUCUAACAACAUCAGCAAGUUUCCAGCCCGUAAGUAAAUGCAUUUUAUAAAAUAACAUGUAUAUAACGCGUGUUCUGAUUGGUCGAAACCCGUGUUUGGAUCAGGCCAUCCAAACACGGAGACUAUCGUG